GCUCGUGGAGUUGGAGAGUGUUUACCCAUUUUAUCCGGAAUAGUAUAAUUCUCUGGACGGGCAAGGUGGCAUCUUGCGCUGAUUCGCCAGCUACAAUGUCGAUCAUUCUGCCAUGGCCACCAAUGGCCGAGUUCCGGCUAACCGAUGAGACACAUUGAGGCUACCUUCUAGCACGAGGAUAGGCAGAAUGCAUAAUAAGACUUCGUCUUUACACAUUUUUAGUGCCAAGUCAGUAUUUUGCCAUGCCUCCACUGGUCAAAGAACACAUUCGGACAUGGUGGGAACAGACCCGGGCCAGGCAAAUAGCCUUGAAGCCGAUAUAUAAUAAUGCUCCCCAGCUAGCUUCAGGGGAGACGAUAUCAGUGACACGCGCCUUAUACAACUUCAACAGUCGCUUCAAACGGUGCUACUAGUCACGAUGAGAUACUCUACUUCCGCUCUUAUACUGAGCGCGACUGCUCUAGCAUUCCCUCCCGACUUCGAACUCGUUGAGCGCCAAAGCGCGAACUGCACAGUCGCCAGCACAUACCCAGCCGUGAGCGUUAGCAAAUUGCCCGACCCGUUCACUUUUGCCGAUGGUAGGAAAGUCGCAUCAAAGGCAGAUUUCACAUGCCGUCAACAGGAGAUCAGCAAGAUCUUCCAGCAGUACGAGCUGGGAGACUUCCCACCACCCCCGGACAAGGUCGAAGCCUCCCUGUCUGGAACCACGUUGAACGUCAAGGUUACUGUUGGUUCCAAGUCGGUGACUAUCAGCACUGCAAUCAAGGCUCCUAGUACCAAGCCUGGUCCUGCCAUUAUCACCAUUGGUGGCUCAUCAAUCCCUAUUCCUGGUACGGUUGGCACUAUUGCCUUCAACAACGACAACUUUGCUUCCCAGGCAAGUGGUAGCUCCCGUGGCCAGGGAGCCUUCUACACCCUCUUUGGUGCAUCUCACUCUGCUGGUGCUCUUACUGCCUGGGCCUGGGGCGUUGGUCGUGUCAUCGACGGUCUUGAGCAGCUCGGUUCCGCCGCGACUGGCAUCGAUACCAAGCGCCUCGGUGUUACUGGUUGCUCUCGCAACGGCAAGGGUGCAUUCGUCGUCGGCGCCCUCAAUGACCGAAUCGCUCUGACUCUGCCCCAAGAGUCCGGCUCUGGUGGCGCUGCCUGCUGGCGUAUUUCGGACAGUGAGCACAACAAGGGCAAGAACAUCCAAACCGCUGGCGAGAUCGUAGGCGAGAAUGUCUGGUUCAGCUCCCGAUUCAACUCGUACACAAGCAAGACCAACACCGUGCCCGAAGACCACCACCUGCUGGCCGGUCUCGUGGCCCCUCGUGGUCUCUUUGUCAUGGAGAACGACAUCGAUUGGCUUGGCCCCGUCUCGACCACGGCUUGCAUGAAGGCCGGCCGCCUCAUCUACAAGGCUCUUGGCGCGCCUGAUGCCAUGGGAUUUGAUUUGACGGGUGGUCACUCGCACUGUCAGUUCCCCUCAUCCUCGCAAGCUAGCCUUACUGGAUACAUCAACACCUUUUUGCUCAACACCGGUUCUGCACCUUCCAAUGUCGAGAAGGGACCAGGUGUCACUAUGGGCGACUGGGUUGACUGGACCCCACCUACUUUGUCAUAG